GCGCCGCGGGGCUGCCUCGGCAACCGCUGGGCGGCAAGAUGGCGGAUGAGCUGGAGCGGCUGCUGGACGAGGUGGAGAGGCGGCUGUGCCACCGGCGCGGCGGCGGCGAGGAGGAGCCCACGGCGGCUGAGGAGCGCAGAUCAGCUAAAGUGUUAAUGAGUGCUGGCAGCAGCAAAGAAGAUCUAGAUGACAUUAUUGAUGAAAUCUGUAAUGACAGCAGCUUUACCAAAACACCUCUGAAUUUGAAGUCUAAUUCUGCAAGUCUCACACCUGAAAGAAAUAAAGUUGUUGUACCGGCAUAUAGGAAAAGAUGCUGUCCAGUGUACCUGGGUGGAAGCCUUUCACCAUCUGGGAUAGGAACAAAUAUUUCAAAAAGAACGUGUGAUCAGCUACGUUGUACUGCUUGUGACUUCCGAGUGUCACUUUUCAAUGACUACAUCUGGGAUCAGUCCUGUGAUUAUCUUUUUUUCAGGAAUAACAUGCCUGAGCUCAGUAAACUAAGAGCAAAGAUGAUAAAGAAGAAAGGAGCACGUGCAUAUGCUUGUCAGUGCAGCUGGAGAUCCAUUGAUGAAUUAACUGACCUCCAAACAGAGCAGCAGCUUCGGUGGGUUUGUGGUAAACAUGGAGAAUGAAGUCUUCUUGUGUGGAAAUGGGUCUUAAAAUCAAUUUGUUUCCUACCCAGUUUUCCGAGAACAGAUGGAAAAAUUGCAAUAUUUAGAUCUAGAAAUAGAUUGUAACACCGAGAUUUCAACCUGAAAACUCUUUUUUUUUUUUAAUUUAAUUUAACUGUCUGGCAAGCUGUGUGGGGAUUUGAAUUAUUAGGAGAAACAACCAACUUGGAGGCUUUCUGGAAGCUAAAUGAGGUGAAAGCUCAUACAGUAGUGUUAAAGAAAAGAAGAGGAAGUAACAGACUUGGGCGUGGGCAAAGCACCUUGAGACGGUUCCUCACAUCUAGCAGAGAGCCUUAUUUCCCGUGUCUGCAGAAUCUUGGACUCAAACUGGUGGACUGAGAAACAACCAUGACACAGAAGUGUAUGAAUUCCUGCACAGAAGUGAAUCCUGCUUUUCUGCUUUGCUCAUAGCUGUUAAUGAGAGCAAGUGGUUGUUCAUCUCUUAAAAAAUUACUAUGGAAUCAGCUCUCAUCUUAAAGGUUUCAGGACACCCCAAAACUUUACUUCCUUUUACCCACCAGUACCCAAAAACUGCAGGUGCUGAAAAUUUUCUUCCAGUUCCUACUGCUUUCUUCAGAGCACUUGCUGCUGACUAAGGACUUCUACCACAGUGAGGUUCUUGAACUUCUCUUCAGCCCUCACUGCACAAGAGAUGAGCAAGUUAUUGUGCAAUUAUUAAAUAUGCAAUUUUAAAGAGAUUCUGAAGGGUAUGUUACUCUUUUAUUGAUAUUUUCAAGGGAAAAAGGCUCAGGCUUUUAAGAGUGAGAAAAUAUAUAUCCUCAAUGAUGUUCAAAUUAAGAUUUUUUUUCAGUUUCACUUAGCUUUCACUUCAGCUUCUCUUUAAAAUACUGUGUAUUCAGAAAGUGUAACUGUCCUGUUUCAACACACUCCCUUCCCUCAGUAACACUGUUCCUUGAAUUGUCUUGCUUACAGUCAAUGUUGCUAUAGUUUAUGAGCUUUUUCUUUUCUUUAUGUAUAAAUAACACAGAAGAUAGAUUUGAGUUUUAUGCAGGGGGAGAGGGAGUAAAGAAUAACCAGUCCUGUCAUUUACUACACUGAAAAGUGUCUCAAAAUGGGACAUCUGUCAGUAUUUUUGCUGUGCAGCACGUGUGUCUGUACAGAUAAAUUCAGAAUUACUUACUUUGGGCAAUUCUAGCUGUACAGAGCCAUUUCCCUUUCUCUGAAGUUUUGCUCAUGGUUCUAAUCUGUCCAUUUAUUCUCUUUCUGAGCUUUUCCAAAACAAUUGCAUGGUCUGUCUUGUAGAGGUGAUUCCUGUGUCUGUCGCCCUCUGAAAGAGCAGAUCUCAGUAGUGACCAGAGGCAUCACGUACUCUGCACCCUGCUUACCUUGUUCUCCCAUGAGUGCUUGUUUUAGAACCUGCAGAGGCCCAGCAGUGUGCCUGGAAAGCCUGGCAGUGCUUCUUCAGUGCUCCAGACUUCACCUUCCAGUGCCCCAUGCAGCCUUGCUGUAGAGUCAGAGGUGAGUUGGCUUUGGAGAGGUACUGCUUGGCAUGAUGGUACAGACAUAUUUAGGGUCAUGUAUUGUUUUCAGUGAAUUUAGUAUUUCAGGCUGAAGUUUCAACUGCUGGAGUCCAAAACUGCAGGUUCAGGACCAGAGACCAGUUGGCUAAUGCUCCGUCAGCUCCUGGAAGAGCUCUGCUUGCCUUUCUGUCCUUUGUGAAGAUGUAGCCCUGGUCUGGGCUGUACACAGUGAGUGUUCCCUGGUUUUCUUCAGAUGGGCCCAAGCGACUUUCGUGCCUAGAGAGCAUCAGUGUUUAAGAGAAGAGUGCCUAAGAGAAGAACCCAACGGAAGGCAACAAGCUCUGGGGAAGAAGAAAUCUGCUUUCCAUUCUUAAAGAAUGCAUUUCAAAAACGCUGAGUUGCCUUGGCUCGUCUGUUCCAAGGCUAUUUGGAACUCAUGACCAAGUAGUUCCACAGGGUGUCUUUUGGCUAGAGUUGUACUGGAACUUGUGCCACAGCAUAGAAACAAGCUGGGCUUGCAACUUGUGAGCAGGAAAUGGGGAAAAUCCUAAUUCCCAUCUCAGUUCAUGAGACCAAGUCUUAUGCGACUUGGAAAAGGAGCGUGUCUCUCCUGUAUGCUGAACAUUCCCCUGAAAUAAUCAGGUUUAUUCAAGUGUAGUUAACUUGCUUCUGGCCUUGGUUAGAGUGGUGGGAUAUGACAGCUUUUUGUCCAAGAGAAGUUGCAGACAGGUAUAGAAAUAGUGCUUCUUGUAUGGGUUUUCAGAAUUUAGCAUAUUUCUAGAUUUGAGAAUAAUUGCUAUGUCAUUAGAUACAAUUAUUUUGUUGGAAGGAGGAGCAGCAUUAAGAUCUGAUUUCCUUUCUUUUGCUUUCUUCAGUUACAUGUUACAAACCACUCCAAAGUCCUUGGAUGAAAAGAAUGUAAAGAAAGGUAAAACUAGGGCUUGAAUGUUCGUUUGAUGAAGGUACUGUCCGAUUGUACAAGGUUUUCACGAUGUAGCCCAGACCCUAAGUGAUAUUUCUGUGUCAGUUAUCUGAGAUAGCAGGGAUUAUGUAGAGAAUUCUGUUUAAGAAUAUGUAAAGAAUUCUGUUUAAGAAUGCAAUUCAGCUGUUGUCAAAUGGAAGUCACUGGAGAACAGUGUUGCUAAGUAUAAAUGUGACCCUUGUUUUCCUCCAAUUUUUUGCUUUGGAUUAAUUAUACAAUUUCCAUUUGUGAAAUGGGCAGGGUGAAAAUUUGAGACUUUUAUUUUGCUUACUGAUACACUUGGAAAUUUUCUAGCCUGUUCCAUUAGUCUGCAGCAGGUCCCUCAAAAAAAAUAAAAGCAAUGAAGGAUGGCAAAAUGAGAUUCCAUCAAAUUUUAAUGUGCUGCUCUAACUUUCACUUGUUUUACCUGCAAACUAUGGAGGGUGAAUAUAGCUCAGAAGAGUCAUUAUUAAGAAUCUUGACCCGCCAUUAAAUUUAACUUACAGAAGCAUAAUAACAUCACUUACUGCAAACUUUGCAAUAUCAAAUAAAGACCUUUUUUCCCCAAACACUUAUUUUAGUUUUGUGCUGAAGUUAUUCUGCAAAUACUGCCACUUGCUGAAAGACUGCCACUUCUCUUGUUUCCUGACAUGUGAGUCUUUGGGUCAUGUAACCAGCACACGUGGUAGUCACACAAUACAAGAAGUGCUAUGUUGGGAGCUGCAUACGCAAAUUUUUCUUCCUGCCAGGCUCUUUUUUCAGAAGAGCCGACGUUCUGUCUGUGGUGCGACACCCGAUAACCACAGACAGGUGGCAGGUGGAGUAAAGGAACGUCAGGUGCUGCUCAUUUGUGAGGGCCACAUCUGAUGCCUAGGGUUUGGCAUGUGUGCUUUGAGAAAGUUUUUCAAAUGUCAGCACUUAAUAAAAUGAAAAGUUGGAACAAAUCUGAA